AUGGAAGAAUUUCAAAUUGAAUUAAAUUCAAUGGAUGAUUUGAAAUCACCUAAUCAUGAAAGUAAUAAAGUUCUAAUUGAGUUCGCAAGAUAUUAUCAGAACAUUGUUGAUAUAAUGGAGCAGUUCAACAAAAGUUUUGGGAUGCAUCUGACCAAAAAGGAUCUAAACUGGCCAAUGAUAAUGUCAUUAACUUUAACACUGAUUUUUGUACUAAUCAACUGGUGGAACAUGUCUGCAAUAGGAGAGCGAAUUAUUUCUAAGAAAAAUGAAAUAUUUUCGAGCCUCAUGGAGAUGCACUCAUUCAAAAAAGUAUAA